GAGUGCGAGUCAAAGAGGCACCGAGAGCCGCCAAGUGUCAGGACUCUAGCAUGCCCAGAGGAUCGCGGUAAAUGGCGACUAACAGGAGGACUCUAGCCGGCCGCCUCGGGAUGCUGCUUUGGGCAGCCCUGCUCAGCUUCCCAGGGGCUUGGUGUUUUAGCGAUUUGUUGUUUGUUAAAGAGCCGCAAGAUGUAAUCGUUACACGUAAAGAAAGUGUGGUUUUAGACUGCCAGGCGAACGGGGAAGCUCCAAUCACAGUCAAAUGGAUGAAAAACGGAAUGAAGCUCUCUGAGAAUGAUCGGGUCUCCACGUUACAUAAUGGGUCCUUGUACAUUCGCGAGGUUGGGGGCAGGAAGGGAGAGCAGUCUGAUGAAGGAUUUUACCAGUGCUUGGCGCUGAACAAAUAUGGUGCCAUUCUUAGUCAAAGGGCUCAUCUUUCAAUAGCAACAAUGUCUGCAUUCGAAGAGCAACCUGUUUCUGUUGAGGUUCAUGAGGGAGGCAUUGCACGGUUUUCUUGUAAAAUAACAUCCAACCCUCCACCUAUCAUUACCUGGGAAGUCAAUCGUACAGCUCUGCCGCUUGCUAUGGACAGGAUUACUGUGCUGUCAAAAGGGGUACUUCAGAUCUACGGAGUCGUGAAAAAGGAUGCUGGAAAUUACAGAUGUGUAGCUACCACUACUGCAAACAGACGGAAGAGCGCAGAAGCUGUAUUAACGGUUCUGCCAGGUACAGAAUCUGAAUCUUUUCAGAAACCGACCAUCAUUGCAGCUCCUCAAAAUAUAACUACCUCUCUACAUCAAACAAUUACACUGGAGUGCAUGGCUACAGGAUUCCCGAAGCCUAUUGUAUCUUGGAGUAGAUUAGACCUCAAGCCAAUUGAUGUCUUUAACACGCGUGUUCUUGGAAAUGGAAACCUCAUUAUAUCAGACGUGAAGCUACAACAUGCAGGUGUCUACAUAUGCCGAGCAUCCACGCCAGGAACACGCAACUUCACGGUGGCAAUGGCUACUGUAAUGGUUCUGGCUCCACCAUCUUUUAUUGAGAGGCCAGAGAGUUUGACUCGUCCACGUGCAGGAACUGCUCGAUUUGUAUGUCAUACAGAGGGGAUUCCAACUCCAAAAAUCUCCUGGCUUAAAAAUGGCAAGAAAAUCCAUUCGAAUGGUAGAAUAAAAUUGUAUAACAGUAAAUUGGUGAUUAACCAAAUCAUCCCUGAAGACGACGCAGUGUAUCAAUGCAUGGCUGAGAGUAGUCAGGGCAGUGUUUUAUCCAGAGCACGACUGACUGUAAUUAUGCCUGAAGACAGACCCAGUGCUCCACGUCAUCUCCGGGCUGAGAUAAUGUCCAGCUCAGCCAUUAUUCUGUCCUGGGAGAGGCCUCUCUAUAACUCCGAGAAAGUCAUUGCUUAUUCUGUGCAUUACACAAAAGCGGAAGGUUUAAACAAUGAAGAAUACCAAGUGGUUAUUGGAAAUGAUACCAGUCAUUACAUCAUUGAUGACUUAGAGCCUGCGAGCAACUAUACAUUUUAUAUAGUUGCAUAUAUGCCAAUGGGUGCAAGUCAAAUGUCUGAUCAUGUAACUCAGAAGACACUUGAAGAUGUUCCAUUGAGAGCCCCUGAGAUAAGUUUAAUAAGCCAAAGUCCCACUGACGUGCUUAUUUCUUGGCUUCCCAUCCCACCUAAAUUCCGCAGGGGCAAAAUUAUCCUAUAUAGGCUUUCUUUCCGAAUGAGCACGGAAAGUUCCGUCCAGGUUUUGGAACUUCCUGGUACAAUGCAUGAGUAUUUCUUGGAAGGUCUGAAGUCAGAUAGCCUUUACCUGGUUUGCAUUGCUGCAGCUACCAAUGUGGGCUGGGGAGAAUCAUCCGUCUGGACAUCUCACAGGACACCGAAAGCUACAAGCAUAAGAGCACCAAGGUCCCCUGAGCUGCGCUUGGAUCCCCUGAAUUGUACAACUAUAGCAGUGAGGUGGCAACAAGAUCCCGAAGACACAGCCACCAUCCAGGGAUAUAAACUAUAUUACAAGGAGGAGGGACAGCAGGAGAGUGGACCUAUUUUUCUAGAUGUAAAAGACUUUGAUUACAACAUUGGGGGGUUAGAACCCAGCAGAAAAUACCACGUCAGAUUACUUGCCUAUAAUAAUAUGGAUGAGGGAUACCAAGCCGACCAGACAGUCAGCACUCCCAUUUGUGUUGCUGUCCCAGAACAUCUGAUUCCUCCUCCCCCACCUCCGCAUUAUCUCUACGCCACUGCCAACAGUUCAUCAUCAAUCUACCUACACUGGGGGCGUCCAGCCUUUUCCUCCGGCCAAGCCAUUAACUACACUGUCCGCUGCAAUCCCGUGGGCCUGCAGAAUGCUUCCUUGGUACUCUACCUACAAACGUCAGAACAGCAUAUUUUAAUUCAUGAUCUUGAACCUAAUACAAAGUAUGAAUUUGCUGUGAGGCUGCAUGUGGACCACUUGUCGAGCCCAUGGAGCCCUGUGAUUUACUAUUCCACCCUCCCAGAAGCUCCAUCCAGCCCUCCUGUGGGAGUCAAGGUGACUUUGAUUGAAGAGAACACUGCGCUGGUGUCUUGGAAGCCCCCGGAAAACAUGGACACUGCUGUGACUCGUUACACAAUCCUGUACGCAUCGAGAAAAGCCUGGCUUGGCGGAGAGUGGCAGAUAAUGCACAGAGAGGGUGCAAUCACCAUGGCUCUGCUUGAAAACCUCCUGCCUGGGAAUAUUUAUCUUAUCAAGAUAUCGGCUGCCAAUGUAGUUGGAGAGGGGCCUUUCUCUAACGCUGUGGAGCUUGUGGUUCAACCCAAGGAGACAAUUCAGACCAGCUUGAAGGCAAAUCUAUUAGAUUCUACUAGGAGUGAAGACUACUCUGGCUACUAUCAUUUGGACCAGAAAUCAAUGACUGGCAUAGUUGUUGGUGUGUGCAUUGCUCUAACCUGCAUUUUAAUAUGUGUGCUCAUACUUAUUUAUCGCAGCAAAGCCAGGAAAGCCUCCAUAGCCAAGAUGGCACAACAAGGAACCGAGUUACUCCCUCGAGCGGCAGUGCUAAUAUCACACGAAACACAGGAAAGGAAGGCCUUAAACCAACCCGAGGAAAAUGAAACGCCAGUAGCGCUUGAUGUGGACACUAACCACUUCUUAGAUUCCAAGGGUGGCUCGGAUCUGAUUAUAAAUAGUAAUGGACCGAUUGUUAAAAAUAACUCAAGAAAGAAGUGGUUGUUUUUCAUGAAUAAUCAGAAAGGCUAUGUAGAAAAGCCCAAAAGAAGAAUUGUGAAAACCUCAUGCUUGUAUCAUCCUGGCACCACUGUAUUAAUAGGUGAAGACAGCUCCCCUACAUCUCCAGGCCACCCCGGCACAUUUCAGAUGAGACGGAGCAUAGCAGCAGAUACAGAACAUUCUGGUAACAGUGAGGAAAGUCAUGGAACUAAUGAUUCAGGAAGGUUCUCUCAUGAAUCCAAUGAUGAGAUCCAUCCAUAUUCCGUUAUAAGCAUCACUCCGCCUAAAUCAGAUUCAUUCACCAGCCACCAGUGUGUGAAUGACUCCGUUGUAAGCAAUGAAUGAUAACCAACUUGGAUCUGUUGCUGAGGAACCCUCUUACAUCUCAGUGCAUCAGAUUCAUUUCCUCCUAAAUAUUUCAAGAAGCCAUUCCCUUCAUGCUGGAUACACCAAGCAUUAAUGUCUGUUCGAAGGACAAUGAACGGAACACACACAAAAAAAACCCUCAACAACAAAUGAUUGUGGAAUCUGGUUUCUCCCACCGAUAUAUCUCACUUCUUCAGCUGAAUGUUCCCUUGAGUAAAUCUAUUCGCCUUGAAGGUUGACUUACUGAAGAGCGAGUGGAUUAGAACUCUACUGGUUUAAAUCAUUUGUCUUUGUUGCAAAGGGAUGUCAACCAGUCUUUUUGAUGAAUGUCUACCUCAGCUGGUCAAAUGAUGAACUCCAUUUCGCUGCUUUACCUGUAUGUGUUUGUACGUCUCCCCAGCCUCCAUCAGAAAUACUUCCUAUAAUGUUUUAUUUUUUAUUUUCUUUGAUGCUAUGUGUGUUAUGAAUGUUCUACCAAAGGAGUUGUAAAGGCAAGAUAGACAGUUUUCUAAAGCUCUGCUUCCAAACAGUAUAUUCAGUGUAACUAUUGGUGAUCUAACACCACACCAGUGAAUUUUCAUAAUCUGUUUUCUAGGUAACACAUUAUUUAAAUGGCACUGGUUGGUUGUAGAUUAGCAUUCUGGGUAAUGGCAUGCAAACUUCCUAAAUUACACAGUAUA